CUACAGAGCGACAUGGCAGGGCUCACUAGCCGCAUGCAGUCGAUCGCAAGCAGCGAUGGCCCCUGGCUCACGGAAGACCAACUUGCUCAAUAUGCGACGCCUAGCGCAGCGGCGAUCAACGCCGUCAAGCUCUUCCUCACCAUAAACGGAGUUCCGUCAAGUGCUGCGACGUGGUCUCGCUAUCAAGACUCGGUGACCGUCAAGUCGACGGUGGGUACCGUGGCAAGACUUUUUUCGACCAGCUUCGACAAUUGGCAAUUGUCUGGAGGACCUAUCGUGCCGCGCACCAAGGCUUUCUCGAUUCCAGACACCGUAGCGCCCUUCAUCUCCGAUGUGUACCCGCUGGCUACCUUCGGACAAGUUCAGUCCAUCUCAGCUGGAACAAUCCCGGCGGAAGCGGUCAAUAGCGAAACCCUCAACCGAAGGGCCGCUGUCCCGUCAAGCUGCUCCACAAGCCUGGUGAAGCCCGACUGCUUGAGGGCGUACUACGGUCAAGGAGCUUACAAUGCUACGGGCGGGUCUGGCGUUGACAUUGCGGUCAUCGGUAUGAUCGACCAAUAUUUCAGUGCGAACGAUCUGCAGGUGUUCAACUACAACUUUCAGAGCAGAGCCACGUACUACAAUAUGCCUGUAAUUUUGAGGAACGGCGCGACAAACAACUCUAGUAAACCUGGCUUAGAGACGAUGCUGGACACUGAAAUCGUAUCCUCCCAGACCUAUCCUCUUACGAGUCAAUUCAUCGCCGAAGGCAACAGCCAAAGCACCGGAGACCUGUUCCUUCUGACCUUCAACGAUCUGCUCAGUACUUCUUUCAACUCGACUACCCGGCCUAAAGUUAUCUCAAUCUCCUACGCAUCCGACGAGUCUCAAUUCACAGCAGCGGCAGCCCAAGACAUGUGCAACGCUGCACAGAAGCUCACUGCUCUUGGUACCACCAUCGUCGUCGCUUCUGCUGAUCGCGGCGUGGCAUCGCGCUCCGGAACGUGCCCUCCCUUUAGCCCUUCAUAUCCUUCCGGCUGUCCAUAUAUCCUCUCGGUUGGAGCGACGCAAAGCUUUGACACCGAGGUGAUGGCCAAUAGUUCCUUGGCUGGCUUCUCCUCCUCCGCUGGAUCUUCAAACAUCUUCAGCACGCCUUCAUACCAGAGCAGUGUGGUGAAUGCGUACAAGAGCAGCAUACCAUCUUCCGCAGCCAGCAUGUACAAUAGCAGCGGCCGCUUCUUCCCGGAUGUCUCUGCGCAGGGCAGCAAGUACGCCGUCGUCCUUGGAGGUUCGCUCUAUGCCGUCUCCGGCACUUCAGCUUCGGCGCCUCUCUUCGCCUCUAUCCUGGCGCUUGUCAAUGACCAGCGCAGAGUGGCAGGCAAAAGCCCGAUCGGAUGGGCUCAGCCGAAGAUUUACGCCAACGCUACCUCAGUUGGUGCAUUCACCGACGUCACUAGCGGUGGAAGCUACAAUUGCAAUGGCACGACAAACGGCUUCCCCACGGCCGCUGGCUGGGAUGCUCCAUCUGGUUGGGGUACCCCGACUUGGCCCAAGAUU